AUGACGCCGCCUCCGCCAGAUGUCAUCGAGGCCUUUGGUUUGAACGGGUCUCCUGAACCAAUGCCUGGCGGGAGAGGCCUCUGUUACAUUGUUGAUCAGGUUGUCUUCAAGCCGUCAGACGAUGAUGUAGAGGCACAGUGGAUCUCGAAACUAGUCGCGGAUCUCCACAUCAGCUCACAAACAUUAUAUCGCCUCGCAGCCCCCAUCUCCACUGUGAGCCGGCCUGGAACAUUCCUCUUCAAGGGCUGGACUGCGUCUGCCUUCAUGCCUGGGUCCGCAUCGCCAAGGGGGCGCUUUGCGGACAUAUUCGGAGCUAGCCGAGCAUUCCAUGCCGAUUUAGCAGUUCUUGUGCUGAGCAAGCCUGACGAGAUCGGAAGACAGUCGAACAGAUGGACCAAGGCAGAGAGCGUGGUUUGGGAUGGUGUCGAUGUGGACGAGAUUGAAGGGCUUCACAAGGCGACAUUGGCGCAAUUUCAACCCUUGCUUGACAAGCUUUGCCAAGUUUGGCGGCCUCUCCCCGACGAUAUUCCAUGUCAACUGAUUCAUGGCGACUUGACUGGCAACCUGCUCUUCGAGGAAAACAUGCCACCCGUCAUCCUCGACCAUACCUUCUACUGGAGGCCGGCCGAAUAUGCCAAUGCCAUCGUGGUUGCGGAUGGCCUCGCUUGGGCUGGUGAAGACCGGGGACUGGUCGAUCUAUACAAAGCGAACGACAAUUCGAUUCAACUACUGGUGAGGGCGAUGUACUGGCGGUGCCUGACGUAUGCCAUUGAUACGGAUGUGGAGUGGAUUCGGAAGGCUCUCCCAAAUGCCGACUACCCAAAAGCAGUAGAGGUUGAAGUGUCCGCUGCUUCAGCCAGGACUACGCGACACCUCGACGAAGCCAAUGUCGCCUCGUCUCUGACAAGGCUGAUCUCCAUGACAGCCGCGACCAAGCUCCACGCGGAGUCGCUGUCCCAUGUGCCGUGGAAGAUGCUCCCCUCCACGCCGACCCUCAGCUUCACCAUCCCCAGCCUCCACGACGGCAUCACCCUCGAUUGUCGCGUCUUCCAUCCGCGCUCGCUGACCAUCUCCGGCUCCAGCUCCAGCUCCAGCUCUCGGUCGCCCGGAUCAUGGCGCAAGAACGUUGCUAUCGUUGCGCACCCAUACGCGCCCCUCGGCGGUAGCCAGGACGAUCCGGUGGUGGACUUGGUGGCGGGGACUCUGCUGAAGACGGGCUUUGUCGUGGGCACAUUCAACUUUCGAGGUGCCCGCGGAUCCGCAGGCCGGACAUCGUGGACCGCCAAGGCCGAACGCGCCGACUACGCAUCCUUCGCCGGCUUCCUCUUCCACUACGCGCACUUCCUCGACCCCUUCCCUCGCGACCUGACCCACGAUAGACCGACAUCACCUACCGGCCCUCCUCCAUCUCCCGCCGCGAUUCCUACCACACCGACGAUCCCUCAGACAAGCAAAGAACCCCCCGUCCUCCUCUUCGCAGGCUACUCCUACGGCGCGAUGGUCACCUCCCAGCUGCCUGCCCUGCACCCCAUCCUCGAGCCCUUCGCGGGGCCCCUGACCGGCACUCCCGCCGCCGAGAUCCGCCUGCGCGCGCAGCACCUCGCCGAGUCGCAGAACGCAGCCAUCCACGCCGCCGUGCGCGCCGCGCGGUCCAGAUCGCACGCGAGCCGCAACUCGCUCGGCGUGCGCGUCGGCGGCGACGAGGACCUGCUGCACGUGCGCAAGAGUCACGACGGCGGCGGCGGGCGCAGGUCCUUUUCUCUUGAGGAUGCUGAGGACAGGAUACGCAAGGGCGUUGCGGAGCUGGUGGCGCGCACGAGGCCAAAGCAUGGCCACCACGCGCGGAGUCUGAGCUGGCGGUCGAGGCAUAGGCAUGGCGGCAGUGCCGGGGACAGCAGCAGCAAGGCGUCGUCAGCGUCGGUGGAGGAUAUACCUGAGGAGGCGGCCGGAGAGGGCAGCGAGGCCAAGGAUUCAGAGCAUCAUCUUCCUGCGAUUCCAGAUCUGUAUGCCCCGCGCGUGGCGUAUCUGAUGGUGUCUCCGCCCGUAGGCAUGAUGACCAACCUGGCGACCAUGUCCUUCUCGCUGCCUUUCCUCAGGUCUCACAGCCACCAUAAGGAUCGUCGCGCCCCGGGCCACGAAGGACAUGACAGCGACAAGUCGCUGUCCGACCCCGAUACGGAUGUCGACCCGGACCGCAAGCUCGUUCGAAACCCGUCGAUGGUGAUCUAUGGCGACGCUGACAAGUUUCUGACGGCCAAGAAGAUGCGCGCCUGGUGCAAGCAGCUGUCGGAGGCCGAGAAGGGACGGUCUCAAUUCCGAUCGCACGAGGUCUCGACGGCUGGUCACUUCUGGACGGAGGGUAAGACUCUUUACGUCUUGCGGGAUGCUGUCGAUGCCUUUGCCAAGGAGCUGCUCCAGGGAGAGAAACAGUAG